AUGUACCUGGCAGCGGUCUCGGCGGGGAGGAGGCGGCCGGGCGGAGACGGCGGCGGAGGUGGCGGCGGCUGGCACCUGGCGGCGGCGGGGUGGCUGCUGCUGCUGGCGCUUCUGCUGGGCCAGCCGGGGACGCGGGCGCUCGUCUGCCUGCCCUGCGACGAGUCCAAGUGCGAGGAACCCAAGAGCUGCCCCGGCAGCAUCGUGCUGGGCAUCUGCGGCUGUUGCUUCAUGUGCGCCCGUCAGCGCAACGAGAGCUGCGGGGGCGUCUACGGGCUGCACGGCGCCUGCGACCGGGGGCUGCGCUGUGUCAUCCGCCCGCCGCUCAACGGCGACUCCAUCACCGAGUACGAAGUGGGCGUCUGUGAAGAUGAAAACUGGGAUGAUGACCAGCUCCUUGGAUUUGAGCCAUGCAAUGAAAACCUUAUAACAGGUUGUAACAUAAUCAACGGGAAAUGUGAAUGUGACACUAUUCGGACCUGUAAUAAUCCAUUUGAGUUUCCAAGUCGGGAUACUUGCCUGUCAGCCUUGAAAAGGAUUGAAGAAGAGAAACCUGAUUGCUCCAAGGCCCGCUGUGAGGUCCAGUUUUCUCCUCGCUGUCCAGAAGAUUCCAUCUUGAUUGAAGGUUAUGCUCCUCCCGGGGAAUGCUGUCCACUCCCAAGCCGUUGUGUGUGUAAUCCUGCAGGCUGCUUGAGGAAGGUUUGCCAGCCUGGCUAUUUGAAUAUAUUGGUUUCUAAGGCAUCAGGAAAGCCAGGGGAAUGCUGUGAUCUCUAUGAAUGUAAACCAGUGUUCAGUGUGGACUGCAGCACAGUGGAAUGCCCUCCUGUUCAGCAAGUGGUUUGCCCACUGGAUAGCUAUGAAACCCAAGUCAGGCUGACGGCUGAUGGCUGCUGUACUCUGCCUACAAGAUGCGAGUGUCUCUCUGGUUUAUGUGGUUUCCCCAUGUGCGAGGCAGGCUCCGUUCCUCAAAUAGUUUCACGUGGAGAUGGAACACCUGGCAAGUGCUGUGAUGUCUUUGAGUGUGUCAAUGAAGUGAAACCAACUUGCAUAUUUAACAGCAUGGAAUAUUAUGAUGGAGACAUGUUUCGAAUGGAUGCUUGUCGCUUCUGUCGGUGUCAAGGUGGUGUGUCUAUUUGCUUCUCUGCCCAGUGUGGUGAGCUACACUGUGACAGGUAUUAUGUCCCAGAGGGAGAGUGCUGCCCAGUAUGUGAAGACCCAGUUUACCCUGUAAAUAAUCCUGCUGGCUGUUACGCCAAUGGUCAGAUCCAAGCUCAUGGAGACCGCUGGAGAGAGGAUGACUGUACUUUCUGCCAGUGUAUCAAUGGAGAUCCUCACUGUGUUGCUACAGCCUGUGGGCAGAGCUGUUUGAAUCCUGUCAAAGUACCAGGAGAGUGCUGCCCAGUAUGUGAAGAACCAACUUACAUAACAAUAGGUCCACCCACGUGUGAGCUUUUGGUGAACUGCACUUUGACUGAGAAAGACUGUAUCUAUAGUUUCAAACUGGAUCAAAAUGGUUGCCGCAUUUGUCAGUGCAAAACCAGAGAAGAGCUGUGUAUGGGCCUCAUAUCAGGCUGCUCCCUGGACUGUUCCUUUGGGUUCCAGACUGAUGCUCAUAACUGUGAGAUCUGCCAGUGCCGUCCACGGCCCAAGAAAUGCAAACCUGUUGUAUGUGACAAGUACUGUCCCUUUGGAUACUUGAAGAACAAGCAUGGCUGUGAAAUCUGUCGAUGUAAGAAAUGCCCGGAAAUGCCUUGUGGUAAAAUCUGCCCAAUGGGCUUCCAGCAGAACAGCCACGGUUGUGUUAUCUGCAAAUGCAGAGAGGCAACUGCUUCUCUUAUGCCUCCACUUAAAACAGGCUCUUGCCUGUCAGUGGAUGGGCGCCGACAUGAAAACGAAGAGAGUUGGCACGAUGGAUGCAGGGAAUGUUACUGUCACAACGGACGGGAAAUGUGUGCCUUGAUCACCUGUCCUGUUCCUAAUUGUGGCAACCCCACCAUACAUCCAGGGCAGUGUUGCCCAUCGUGUCCAGAUGAAAUAAUUGUGCAGAAGCCAGAGCUCACUAGUCCAUCAAUCUGUCAUGCUCCUGGUGGGGAAUACUUCGUAGAAGGAGAAACAUGGAACAUUGAUUCUUGCACACAGUGUACAUGCCACAGUGGACGAGUCCUGUGUGAGACUGAAGUCUGUCCUCCUCUUCUUUGUCAAAACCCCACUCGCACACAGGACUCCUGCUGUCCUCAGUGCCCAGACGAGCCUCUUCAGCCUUCUUUGUCAAGCAAUGUGAGCAUGCCCAGUUACUGCAAAAAUGAUGAGGGAGAUAUUUUUCUGACAGCUGAAUCCUGGAAGCCUAAUGUCUGCACCAGCUGCAUCUGCAUGGAUGGUGUAAUUAGAUGUUAUUCUGAGUCUUGCCCACCGGUAUCCUGUGAGAGACCUGUUUUGAGAAAGGGACAGUGUUGUCCUUACUGCAUUGAAGAUACAGUACCAAAGAAAGUGGUCUGCCACUUCAGUGGAAAAACAUACGCAGAUGAGGAGCGCUGGGACAUCGACAGCUGCACGCACUGUUACUGCCUGCAGGGUCAGACUCUCUGCUCCACUGUUAGCUGCCCACCCCUGCCUUGUGCUGAACCCAUCAAUGUGGAGGGAAGCUGCUGUCCCAUGUGCCCAGAGAUGUAUGUACCUGAACCUACUAACAUACCUAUUGAGAAGACAAAUCAUCGAGGAGAUGUUGAACUAGAAGUGCCAAACUGGUCAACACCAAGUGAAAAUGACAUCAUCCACAUCCACAGAGACAUGAAUCAUCUCCAGGGAGAAUACAGAAGUGGAAGUGGGCCGCACCCCAGUGAAGAUGCAUCAGUUAGCUCUGUUGCCUUGGUGACAAUUCCAAUCACGAUAGCGCUGUUAGUAAUCAUCGUCUUUCUGCUCAUCAAUCAGAAAAAGCAGUGGAUUCCAGUGUCCUGCUACAAAGCUCCAACAAAGCCAUCUUGCCUAAACAAUCAACUGGUAUAUGUGGACUGCAAGAAAGGUACCAUGGUCCAGGUGGACAGUUCUCAGAGGAUGCUAAGAAUUGCAGACCCGGAUUCAAGAUACAGCGGAUUCUACAGCAUGCAGAAACAGAACAACCUACAGGCAGAUAAUUUCUAUCAAACAGUUUGAAGAAUUGCACCCUUACCAAGGAUUUAAAAAUGAGAGAGAGAGAGAGAAAGAGACUAAGUCUGCUAUUAAAAUAAAGCUAGAAUCGUGCACUUGCUUAGUGGAUUGUAUUGGAUUUGUGACUACAUGUACAGCUCUAAGACCUUACUGGGAUGAGCUCUGACUCCUGCAAUGUGCCAGAAAAAGCAUUCCCACUUUUCCUUGAGAUAACUGACCAAGUGUUUUCUUAGAACCAAAGUUUUAAAACUUGUUAAGGUGUAUUUGCUUGUAACAUAGCUAUAGAGGUUUUUUGGGAGGGGGAAUCAGGGGCUAGGGGUAGGCAGUGAGGUUAAAGGAAGUUUCAGAGGAGAAAAGCUGGUCAUGCUUGGCUGGAGAAGAAAAUGAAUAGAUACCACCAAGCAGCAGGACAGUGGCUUUUCUUGUUGUUCUGAAAUUGCAUCUGUUGCAGCAAAUCCUAACCCCAAGUGAAAAAAAAAAAAAAAUAAAAAGGUCUGACGUUUUCUUUCCAGCUGUUGCUACAAUAAUAUACUCAUAGAACAGAAUUUGUCACAUCACAGAUGUGGUGUAGCUGCAAAUAUUUUUCUAUAUGUUGAGAAGCUGCAGUAGUUAAUGAAAUAGCAAGGAAAAGGUUAUAGCAGAAAAUAAAGGGUGGGUUUAUUAAGGAUGUACAAAAUUACACCUUGUGCUGCUUUUUGUUUUUUGUUUUAUUUUUGUUUUCUUCAAAGCUGAUUGGCUAGAUUAGCCAGACUUUGGCAGAGUUAGCAAAUGACUGAGGCCUAAGUAAUUCCUGAAAUGAGCACUGGAUCUUUUGACAGCAGUAUUGAAGGAAGGAAGGAAAAGUCAAGAACACCACGCAGUUCCAGGGGCUUUUGUUUGUUUGUUUGUCUGUUGUGGUUUCAUUUUGUUAUUUGAUAUCAAUCUCUGGUUGUUCAUACAGGAGAAGGAAAAAUAUUUUUUUGUUGGACAAAGCUCUUGCUUAAAAGAGAGUAAAAAUGAGACUGUUUUAAGGUUGUUGUUGUUUUUUUUUUUCCUGUUGAUGUUCUUAUUUACUGGUAUGCAGAUUUAGAAACUACUUCCAUGCUAGGAAGCUGCUUAAUUUUAAUUGUAUAUUACUCAAGCACCUUUUUUGAAGCUCAGAAAAAAAGGAGAUCAUGCUUCUUUAAACUUUAGCAUUAUAGGAAUAUUUAUGUAAAUAUAAUUAUGCUAAAAACAACAAAAAGUAUUUGUAUGUUUGUGUAUAUAUA